GUGUUAGCCCCCUCCUUUGUGCCACCCUUGCAGAUGGCAGCACGGAAGCUCCUUGUUCUCUUUGGCAGCCAGACUGGGACGGCUCAAGACACAGCCGAGAGGAUCGGCAGAGAAGCCAAGCGGCGGCACCUCCAGUGCACAGUGGAGGCUCUGGACAGCUAUGAUGUGGCCAACCUCAUCAAUGAGCUCUUGGUGGUAUUUGUGUGUGCAACCACUGGCCAGGGUGACCCCCCUGACAACAUGAAGCUGUUCUGGCGGUUCCUGUUCCGGAAGAACCUGCCCUCCGGUGCCCUCUGCCGGCUGGACUACGCCGUGCUGGGCCUUGGCGACUCCUCCUACCCCAAGUUUAACUUCAUUGCGAAGAAGCUGCACAAGCGGGUGCUGCAGCUUGGGGGCAGCCCUUUGCUGCCAGUGGCCUUGGGAGAUGACCAGCAUGACUUGGGGCCAGAUGCAGUGAUUGAUCCAUGGCUUGUGACCCUAUGGGACAAGAUCCUCGUCUUGUAUCCUCUCCCUCCUGGCCUUGAGAUCAUCAGCCCCGAUGUACGCCUGCCCCCAAAGUACACCCUACACUAUGUGGCUGAGGACUCCCCAGAGCCCAGCGGGGUCCUGCUCCAGCCCACAGCACCCAGAGCUGCUCCCUCCGAGCUCUGUCCCUUUGCUGCUCCAGUGGUGUCCAACCAGCGGCUCACGGCACAAUCCCACUUCCAGGAUGUCCGGCUCAUUGAGUUUGAUGUCACGGGCUCAGGGAUCACGUACAGUGCUGGGGACGUGGUGAUGGUGCAGCCCCAGAACUGCCCUGAAGAUGUGGAGCAGUUCUGCAAGCUCCUGCACCUGGAUCCGGACAGACACUUCGUGCUCAAGCCCACGGAGCCUGGGACAGCCCUCCCGGCCCUGCUGCCCCAGCCCUGCUCCAUCCGGCACCUGGUCACACACUACCUGGACAUCUCCUGCGUGCCACGGCGCUCCUUCUUCCAGCUCCUGUCCUGCUUCUCCACCAGUGAGCUGGAGAGGGAGAAGCUGCAGGAGUUCAGCUCUGCAGAGGGCCAGGAGGAGCUGUACAGCUACUGCAACCGGCCCCGCAGGACCACGCUGGAGGUCAUGUGGGAUUUCCCUCACACCACGUGUGCCAUUCCACCCGAAUACCUGCUGGACCUCAUCCCACACAUCAGACCUCGUGCCUUCUCCAUCGCCUCCUCCAUGCUGGCUCAUCCUGACCGGAUCCAGAUCCUCAUGGCAGUGGUGCGGUACAAGACGUGGCUCAGCAAACCCCGCCGUGGCCUCUGCUCUACCUGGUUGGCUUCUCUCAACCCAGAGCAAGGUGAUGUCCAGGUGCCUCUUUGGGUGAAGAAGGGGGGCCUGAAGUUCCCAUCCAACCCCGACACUCCCAUCAUCAUGAUCGGCCCUGGCACAGGGGUGGCUCCUUUCCGAGCAGCGAUACAGGAGCGGGUGGCACAGGGAUGGAGAGGGAACUGCUUGUUCUUUGGCUGCCGCCAGAAAUCCAAGGACUUCUACUGCCAGGCAGAGUGGGAAGAGCUGGUGGCAAAGGGCUUCCUGACACUCUUCACAGCCUUCUCCAGGGACCAGGAGGAGAAAGUUUAUGUCCAGCACCGCAUCCUGGAGAACCGCAGGCUGGUGUGGGAGCUGCUGAGCAGCAGGAAUGCUCAUGUCUACCUGGCUGGGAAUGCCAAGCAGAUGCCAGUGGCGGUGGCAGAAGCCCUGCAGUCAGUGCUGCAGCUGGAAGGUGGCCUGUCACCCUCUGAAGCAGAGGAAUAUUUAGCAGCCCUGGAACGGUCCCAGCGCUUCCAAUCUGAAACAUGGUCAUAAGCCUGGCUCCCAGCCUCCCCCUUCCCAUGAACUGUGCCUGAAUAAAGGAGCCAGCAAAAGGA